AAAAUAUAUCCACAUCAGAUUGCAUGCGAAUCAAAAGGUGGAGUCCUGGCAAAAGUGACGUCCCAAACGCAAUUAAAUAGGAUAACGGCACUCCCUAUUGCUAUUGGUAAGUGAAAAGCGUUAUAAUCUUCUUGCCUCUGUUCCUACUAGGGAGACGUUCGGGUGAGGUACAGUUGGUGAUCUGCCACAUGGUGUGAGACCUACUGAAUAUUCUUUUUUUUUUUUUCUUUUUUGUCAUUUCAUUUGUCUUUAACACAGUAAAUGUACAACCCGUGUCGCCAUUCUCAGGCUCUGAAAUUGGAGUACCUGAUAUUGUGAACUUUCUUAACAUGAUGUUCGGCAGUAAAAUUCACUUUGUUGCUCCUUACCCGAAAAUGAUGUCAUUAUUAAUGCAAUUUACACCAAUUACUAAUUUUUCAUCCACCAUUUGCUAACAAAAGUCAUCAAAAAAUGCUCAUUUCAUUUGAUUCCUACUUUCUCCAUUUCCAGUAGAUGUUUUUUUUAGACCUUUAUAUCAAUGAAACUUAAAUAAUCAUUUUCAAAUGCCGUAUUUCUCGUAUCCCUUUCUUCUCAAUUUCCACUAGACAUACGUCAUUUGACCAUAUCUUCACAAACUUUAAAAUAUUUCAAAACUGUUUUUUAUUUUUACAAUUAAAAAAAAAAUUGUUUGAUGAAACACGCUCUUAACAUUAUUCAACACAGUGAAUUUGUUGGUCAUGUACUCUGCGUUGGCGAACAUGUUUACCCUAAAACUACCGCAAAAGCCGAAUAUUUCCUGAAGUUGAGAAGGAUGUGUUUGAAACAAAACUAUUGCCGCCUUAACCCUCGCCCCUUUAAUUCCUCAUAAUGCAUUAAUAAUUUGUUUAGUAGAAUUAGACAAUUACAAAAUUGGAAUAAAUAGUCUUGUUGGACUUAUCCUACAAAUCUGACCCUCCCCCCCCCCCACCCUUUUUUUUCCACCACCACACAACACACACACGUACUUCUCUUUCUUUCGACUUCAGAUGUGUCCUUUUAUAAACGUAUUUUAAGUUUGAUAUAACACAAUAUAGUUACUGUUAUUAUCCCGAAUUCCACAACAGCUCAUAACUUAUAUCAAUUCUUGAAUAUAUUGAUAUUGCAGGCAAGGAAGUGUGGAUCGGUGCCAGCGAUAAUAAAAAUGAGGGAACCUGGGUUUGGGAAGACGAUGGUACCAUUACCUCAGAGUUGAAAACGCUUUGGGCCGAUGGUAACCCAAUGGAAGGCACGGACUAUAACUGCGCCCAAAUUAGAAAUUCUCAGAUCUCUAAUUGGCUGUGUAAAGCUCAAAUUUCUUUUCUUUGCAUGGAGAAAGGUACUUAAUUUAAGCGCCAUGUUACUUCGGUUUGGUUGUUCAUUUUUUAACGUAAAGGCAAGAAUGAAACAAAAAUGCCCCGACCCUUGCAAAAACAUACUACAGCAGUGUUCCUAUUGUUAGUUCACAUUGUUUGUAGCCUCAAACUAAUGUAGCCGACUUACCUUAUCAUAUUACAAUGUAUUAGCCUUACAACACAGUUUAUAAUAAAUAAAUCAACCAUGAAGACAACACAUGCGACAAUUGCUAUUCUAUAUUGAAAAAAAAAAGUAUCUUAUUUUAGAAUAAAUUAUAGACUUGUAAAAGCCAACAAAUAAAACACAAAUAAUAAGCAAUGAAAAAUUAGAUUAACCUAAAAUAUUUAUGAUAGCAUAAACGUUCAUUAUUUUAAAUAGAAUGCUUAUUAUGUUAAGCAUUUUAUGACACAUUGCGCUGUAUCAUAUGGUCUAACAAAACAUUAGUUUUAUUUUUAAAAACUAUUUUUGAGUACGAGUUACAUGACAUAAUCUAAGUUAAAGAUCGAAAAGGUGUAAGGUACAUUUCAGCAUGAUGUCAAUCAAAAAAAAAAAAAACUUUUAAACUAAUUUUUAUACCUUUGAAAGAUCUGACCACAACUCAAGAUCCGGUGAUUUCGACAAGCACACAAAACGAUCCUGCUACCACCAACACUGCAGCUUCCACAACCGAC